UUGUUCUUGCGUCAACAAAACUUGAUUUAUAAAAACAAAGGAAAAAAAAAAGGAAAUUUAAUUAAUCAAAAAAAAAAAGAAGAAAGUAUUUCAAAAAUGGUUGUUGCUAAUGGUAUGGAGGUAGGCACCAUGAUUAUGAAGGAAAAUCUUUUUUCACCUUACCAAUUGGGCAAUUUCAAGCUCUCUCACAGGAUAGUAUUGGCACCAAUGACAAGAAAUCGGGCCAUAAAUGAGAUACCAAACCAAGCACUUCUCAAAUAUUAUACUCAGCGUGCUACUAACGGCGGCUUCCUUAUCUCUGAAGGCACCCUCAUCUCCAAUACUUCGGCUGGGUUUGCUCAUUGUCCGGGAAUCUACACAGAGGAACAAGUGGAAGAGUGGAAGAAGGUGGUAGACUCUGUUCAUUCUAAGGGUGCUGUCUUUUUCUGUCAAUUGUGGCACGUGGGUCGGGUCUCUCAUCAAGUAUACCAACACGAGGGUGGUGCACCAAUAUCGUCAACAAACAAGGGCUUAUCAGACAGAUGGAAAGUAUUAAUGCCUGACGGUUCACACGAAAAGCCCACACCACCACAAGCCCUAACCACGCCUCAAAUUUUAGAGGUUGUCCAACAUUAUCGCAAAGCUGCUCUCAACGCCAUGCGUGCUGGUUUUGAUGGAAUAGAGAUCCAUGGGGCUCACGGUUAUCUAAUCGACCAAUUUCUGAAAGACACAAUCAAUGAUAGAACAGAUGAAUAUGGUGGUUCACUUGAAAACAGAACAAGGUUUCUAAUGCAAGUGGUUCAAGCAGUUAUUGAAGUUGUGGGACCAGAUAAAGUAGCAGUAAGAAUCUCACCAGCUAUUGAUCACUUUGAUGCUUUGGAUUCCAAUCCACUUCAAUUGGGCCUAGCUAUUGUUGAUGGGCUUAACAAACUACAACUCAAAUUGGGCUCAAAGUUAUCUUACUUACAUGUAACCCAGCCCAGGUUUACAGCCCAAGGUGUGGUAGAAAAGCCUGCAGAAGAAGCCCAAGCUGAUGCCCAAUUGUUGAGGAAAUUAAGGGAUGCUUAUAAUGGAACAUUUGUGAGUAGUGGUGGGUAUACCAAAGAACUUGGGAUGGAAGCUAUUGCUCAAGGGGAUACUGAUUUAGUUGCUUUUGGAAGGUUGUUUAUAUCAAAUCCUGAUUUAGUGCAUAGGCUUAUGAUUGAUGCACCUUUGAACAAGUAUGAUAGGUCUACUUUUUAUACUCAUGAUCCUGUUGUGGGUUAUACUGAUUAUCCCUUUUUAGACGAAGCUACUAAUUAACAAGAUCAUGUUGUAUGUAAGAUGCAUAGUACUUAUGGGCUAGUGUCAUAAAUUAUUAAAUGUAUACGCCCAAUUCCGUUGUAUAUUUGUUUAUGUACUAUUUUAGUCUUACAAUAACUAGUUGCAUCAGCUAUUUUUGGUUAAGACCCGCUAGUUUGUAUUUAGUCAUUAUGUGAAAUAUGAUAAAUUAUUAUUUUUAUUUGUUAAA